AUGAGCACCGCUGUUGGUUCGGCUUUGGAGGAGCAAUUCGGUGGCAGAAUCCAUGAAGAUCGAGCGGAUCAUGGAAAAGCUGCUUCGGAUGACUCCCUUGCCCGACCAUCGGAAGGCAUGGAGACAGGAAACGGUGUCCAGCAGCUGCUGCAAGAUGUCAGAUCCCAAGACGGCAAUGACGAGGAGAACUUCGUACCCGUUGGCACCAUCCAUAAUCCAUCAUUGUGGGCCGACCGCGACUUAUUCUUGCUAGGGUUUGCCUACGCCUCUCCAAGCAAGCUGGAGGACAUUCGUGGCAAGUACCUAGAGCAUAUCCCGCAGGUAGACACUCAGGGCAUUGCAGCGAAGAUGGAAGAUUGCUUGGGUGGGCUUGACCUUGUCCUGCCAGCGGCAGCCUUUAAGGGAAUUCGAGCUCGCCGUGCCACGGUUCAGCCUUUGAAUGGCCCAGAGGUGACAGAUCGUGGAAUGCAGGUGGCUGUUGGCGGUCGUGUCCAUCAGGGAGGCUGGGCUUGA